GACCCUCUUCUACCCUCUGCAGCUUCCUACGAAGGUAAACAGCAGCAGAGAAGACCAAAGAAGCCGUGCCCUCCUGGAGAAACGGCUAAGUUGCCCCUGACCAGCGCUGGACUGACUCUCGUGCUUUGACAUCAUCUCGGGUUGCUCUUUUCAAAAGAGCAGAAGGGGAAAGAAAGAGGGCAGCCGCAGAGGACUUGCGCUGCCUCACACUCCUUUUUCCACACGUGUUAUUAGGAAAAGCACCGCUUGUGGGCUGCCACAACUCCUGCUUCCCAGCACUGGACGCGGGGAGCCGUUGAGCAGCAGGUCGCUGACCUUGGCGACUUACAGCGAAAAGCCCGGAGCGGCCGCUGCCGCCGCAUCCCUGCGCUUCUCCCGUGUCGCAUCCACGCCAGCUUUUUCCAUUUUUUUCCCCCCCUGAUUUGGGGGCAGGGGACGGCGUGGGGCGGGCAGGCAGAAGCCGGCCGGGUGCCCCCCCCGUGCCAGCUGCACCCUUAGCGGGGCGGACACGCGUGGAGGAGACGGACACGCGUGGGGCUGGCGGCCACGCUCGCCCCUUUAAGCGGGCUCUCGUAGGGCCGCCCCGCCGGCUGGGAUAGGUCGGGGCGGGCCGGGGCCGCCUCCCGCCUCCGGCAGCGGGCGGGUGGCUGGGCUCGGCUCGGCACGGCACGGCUCGGCUCGGCUGCGAGCUCCGGUCCCGGCUGCGUGCGCCUGUGCCUCCCCCAGAGCCACCGCUCCCCGCCGGGCCCCUGGCGCCGGGCUGCGAGGGGCAGAGGCAUGCCCAGGAGGAGCAUCGCGGAGGUGAAGGUGCUGGACGUGCAGAAGAGGCGCAUCCCCAAUAAGCACUACGUGUACAUUAUCAAAGUCACCUGGUCCAAUGGGUCCACAGAAGUCAUCUACCGACGGUACAGCAAGUUCUUCGACCUGCAGAUGCAAAUGCUGGACAAGUUUCCGAUGGAAGGAGGGCAGAAAGACCCCAAGCAAAGGAUCAUCCCCUUCCUGCCAGGGAAGAUCCUCUUCCGCCGCAGUCACAUCCGUGAUGUUGCAGUCAAGCGCCUGAUACCCAUCGAUGAAUACUGCAAGGCCCUGAUCCAGCUGCCUCCCUACAUCUCGCAGUGUGAGGAGGUUCUGCAGUUCUUUGAGACCCGACCCGACGACCUGACUCCCCCCAAAGAGGAGCCCAUUGGAAAGAAGAGGUCUGGGUUUAUCCAGAGAACGGCCUCUUUCCUGCAGAGAGGAGCUGACUCUGCGUCGGUCGAUCCCCUGGUGCUGGAGCAGUAUGUCGUGGUGGCGGACUACCAGAAGCAGGAGAGCUCCGAGAUCAGCUUGUGCGUGGGCCAGGUGGUGGAUAUCAUUGAGAAGAACGAAUCAGGCUGGUGGUUUGUGAGCACAUCAGAGGAGCAAGGCUGGGUGCCAGCGACCUGUCUGGAGGCCCAGGAUGGCGUCCAGGAUGAGUUCUCAAUGCAGCCCGACGAAGAGGAGAAGUACACAGUUAUUUACCCAUACACUGCAAGAGACCAGGAUGAAAUGAACCUGGACAAAGGGGCUGUGGUGGAGGUGAUCCAGAAGAACCUGGAGGGCUGGUGGAAAAUCAGGUACCAGGGCCAAGAAGGCUGGGCCCCCGCCUCCUAUCUCAAAAAGGGGAAUGGAGAGAUGUUCUCGCAGAAGCUGGGAUCAGGCUCCUCCACUCAUUCCUGUGCCUUGGAUCUGGAUGGCAUUUCCCGGCAGCAGAUCGUGGCCAGCCGAGAGAAGGAUGGGCUCGCCGGCCAAAGGGACGGGAGGUUCGACAGCCGUCCCCUGCCCAACGCUGACAUCCGACGCAAGUCACCGAAGAUGCGGCAGAGACCCCCUCCUCGCCGAGAUCUCACAAUACCACGUGGUUUGAACCUGCCUAAACCUCCUGUCCCUCCUCAAGUGGAAGAGGAAUAUUACACCAUCGCUGACUUCCAGACCACCAUCCCCGACGGCAUCAGCUUCCAGGCAGGAAUGAAAGUAGAGGUCAUUGAGAAGAACCUGAGUGGCUGGUGGUACAUUCAGAUUGAGGAGAAGGAAGGCUGGGCCCCCGCUACGUUUAUUGACAAGUACAAGAAAACCAGCAACGCGUCCAGGCCGAACUUCCUGGCUCCGCUGCCCAACGAGAUGGCCCAGCUCCGGCUGGGCGAUGCCGCGGCAGAAAGCAGUGCCAGCGAGGAAGCCACGGGACCGUGCAGACCUCUGCCCGAGGCUCCCCCCAAUGGCAUGGACUGCGGUAUGAAGUGGGCCAAGGACUGGAAGGGGAAGGAGGCUACUGAGAGCAGUGACCUUGCCUUCGCCUGUGGGUAUGAGGAGAUCUCGGACCGUGACGUGGAGGAGAAGCCCAGCCUGCCGCCCAGGAAGGAGUCCAUCAUUAAGUCGGAAGGCGAGUUACUGGAGAGGCAGAGGCCUCCCCCCAAGCCCCCAGGCAUGAUUUUGCCCAUGAUCCCGCCAAAGCAGUCGGUAGCCCCAAAAGACAGCAAGAAGCCCGAGCUGAAAUCGGAGAAGGGCAAACUCUUCCAGCUGAAAAACGAAAUGGGACUGGAAUGUGGACACAAGGUGUCAGCCAAGGAGGUGAAGAAGCCGAACCUCCGACCCAUUGUCAAGCCAACCAAACCAAAACCUGAGCCCGUGGAGGACAAGCCUGAGCCAAUCACCCAGAACCCCUUCUUGAAGUCAAGACCUCAGAUCAGGCCCAAACCCGCUGCAGCCCCCCGGACUGACCCCCCUCCAGCCGACGAUAAACUGGACAUCUGCAGCCUGCGGAGCAAGCUGAGGCCUGCAAAGUGCCCCGAGAAACCCUCUGAGCCGGACACCGCCGCCAGCGAAAGCUCCUGCGGUAACACCACAGUCGCCCCGGAGGCUUCUGGAAGGUUUCAGGAGCGACUGAGCGUGGAGAGCAAACCCCUGCCCAAAUCUCCCCCAGGCCCAGCCAUCGUCCCGGCUGCCCGGGAGCCCGCGCCGCAGCGCCCGGUUGUACCGCCCCGCAGGCCACCGCCACCCAAAAAAACAGCGUGUCCUGCCGCUGGCCCCGCACCCGAGGCCAGGGCUUCCCCGCUGCCUGGGAGACCCAUGCUGGUUCCUCCCAAAGCCAAACCCUUCCUGUCCGCUGCGAUCCAAGACGAAGGCAAAGUGAAAAGCAGCUUAGGCCCAAAGGUAAUAUCCAAGGCAGUGGAGAGAGGGGAAGCCAAGGAGAGGACAUCAGCCCCUUUCUCCAACCCGGACAUCUCCAAGGAAGCUCUCUACGUGGCAGUAGCAGAUUUUGAAGGUGACGAGGAGACCAACAGCUUUAGAGAAGGGACGUUGUUUGAAGUGCGUGAGAAGAACAGCAGCGGCUGGUGGUUCUGCAAGGUCCUGACUGGGGGCCCUUGCUGGGAGGGCUGGAUCCCUUCCAACUACCUGCGGAAGAAGCCAUAGCCUGUCCUCUGUUUACAUGGUCGGAGGUUCCCCGUUCUCCCACCUGAGUAUUUAAUUAGCCUAUUAAUUUAUAGUUUUCCGUAAGGCUGGCUUUAAAAAAGAAAUAAUAGUAAUUGAGAUACCACACAUUCCAGCUGGUGUCCGUUGGAGGCAGCGCGCUCGCCCUGUGCAGCCCAGCCUCCUGCUCCCACCGCGUACCACCGAGCUCCUGCUCUCCCUUGGCUGGCUGCCACGGGCUGUCCUGGCCACGCUUCGUGGUGUAUGGGCCCCAGCAUGGUUCUCCAUGCUGAGGAAGUAGACCUCGAUAGGUGGUUUUUGCCACCUAUACCGGAAAAUGAAGAGGUGGCAGCAGCCAGGGAGAGAAAUGCAGCUUGGCCCUGGUACCAGUGAAGGAAAUCUGGCCUCAUGGAGGGAUUUGGUUUUCCCUGAGGCUCAGGGUCACGGUUGAAUGUUGUACGUCGCAUUGCUUAGUCCAAAUGUGUAGCAGAGUCAUAGGAGAUGUGGCAAAAAAGAGGGAUGAUUGCUCAGAACAGGGUCCCUAUAGCUCUGCGUGCAUGUGCAGCCACGACUGCACGCUGGGGGCCAGGUGCUGCACUCCACGCUCUGCCUUGCUUUCCCCUGCACACGUCAUGGGACAGUCCCAUGGUCCUUCCCCACUCUGCAACGACAAGUGUUAACUUAAACAUCCUUCUGGUGGGAAAAAAUAGAAAAAAAAGAAAAAAAAAAUGCACACAUGCGCACGCACAUAACAGGUCCUCUCUGCUGACCCAGGGCACUAUGCAGACCGUAGCUUGCAGUAUUACAAGCAAACAAGAGGUGUUUUGCUUCGGUAGCUGAAGAAUACUAUGCAACACACAGAGGACCAGAAUGACCCCAAAAGCCCUGGAAAGAGGAUGCUUUGCUUUCCUUGCAACACAGACUGCGCUGCCUGUCGGACUAACAGGGGACUGCCCGUUCCUGCGACCCACCGAGCUUCCCGGGGCUGGCGGGCAGCAGCCAGAAGGUGGGUCCCUCAGUAGGUGCUGAUAUUAUCAAGUGCAAUCCAGAAUGUGGGAGUUCAGCUCCUCAUCGCAACCAGUUGUGAGGCGUGUCUGGUGCUCAGGUUGCUCCCUGCCUUGUUUGCCACCCCAGCUUUCUGUCAUCCUGUCCCCCGGAUUCUUUCAGUUCCCCCUGUGUGUUGGUCAGCUUUGGGGGCUUCGGGUCAGAUGGAGCCUGGGUUUUUUUCCACGCUGACCAUCCUGCCUGCCAGGUCUGAUGUUGCUAGCAGUGAUUUUUAUCCCAGAGGGAGGAUGGAUGUGGUCUCCUCACCUAUUGCUCCCUUGUGCUGCUUUCCUCCUGUCCGUACGUGGCUGCUUGCAGAUCGAGGGCCACGUUUCUCUCUCUGGAAGAGCUUCAUGCCCGGCACUUCUGUGGGUUUGCGGCUGACCAAGCCCGUUUGCCCUUUCUAUUCUAAUUGCAAGUGUAAGUGCUGCAGAUGCCGUUCUGCGGCUACGUUGUUUUGCUGCUGAAAACAAUUAGAGUUUUCCCUCUAAUUUGAAGCUAGCAGAAUUGAGGGCACUCUACAUGCCAGAGGAGUGUUGUCCGCUCCCUUGAGCACUUGCUGCCUUCCCUUGUCCCAUGCUUUCUAUGCUGGAAAUGUGGACUUAGAGAUAGCUUUUUGUACAUACAGAAUAGAUGUGGUGGUGCCUCAGGGCAGGGUCAUUUGGAAAGGUGAUGGGGCAGUUUGUCCCAGCCCUGUUUCAUAGAUAGAGAAGCCCUGACCGUCCUAGUCCACCCAGAAACCCCGAGGUCUGUUUUCAGCUCUGGGAACUCAUGCACCCCGAUCUCUGGCUGAUUCCUCUCCCUCCCACCUACAGGUUUCUCUGAUCACACAUCAGCCUCUGAUCGGGCUGACUCACCUGAGCUGGCACUAAGCAAUACAUCUGCAACCCAACCCAACAACCAAGCUGCUUGCGUGGCACAUAAAGAGGUGUUGAUGUGCUCCAAGGAGAGUUGCAGGGAACAACACUGCCUUGUCUCUGCACAUCCCUUGCUCCAUGAAGACUCUCCUGCCAUGGAAAUGGACGGGGGACAGGCCAGUUAGGGCAGAGCUGCCCAGCAGCCAGGUGCAGCCCCACCGUGCUUGGGGAGGGGGCAGGAGGAGCUGGGUCCCCCCACCCGCUCUGGCUGCUGGCAGUCACGCAGGGGGUGGCAGGGGUGCCCGUUUCCCGUGGCGCUGCAUCCUUGCUCUCAGUGCUGAGUGUCCUUUCAGGCUCAGAAGGCUCUCUCCUUUCUCUGCCUCACAGACCUCACUGAUCCCCCUCUUCCUCGUAGGGAACAAUGCUCUUUCUGUUGCUUCCGUGCUAAAUGAGGGCUAUUUCUGCUUUCCUCCCAGACUGAGCCUCAGAACUGGUAGUGCUUCAUUUUGCUGACACAAGUACUGUAUUUGGCUCGUCGAGCGCGUGACAGCAUCGGUCCCUUGUUCCCAAAGAGCUUCCCAGGAGGUAGGGUGCGUGCCAGCAUGGUCACUCACCCUCGCAGGGUGCCGACACCGGGAGCCUUACCCCUCCUACUGCUCCUCUGUCUGCGAAGGGACCGCAGGCUGGAAAACCCAGACCCCAGUGGGGGAGACGUGCUUGGUGGCCACGCAGACCACGUCUCCUCGCCGUGCCUCGCACGUCACACGAGGCCGAGCCCCCCGACUACCUCGUGAGGAGGAGGAGGAGGAGGGUGGCCCGGGAUGCUCGGGGCCCUGAGCACCGCCGUGGUCCAAGCCCGAGCUUCCUCCUCGCCCACCACCAGCACAGCCCGAGGCGGGGGCAUCGCCACGGCCGGGGGGCAGCGGAGGGCUGGAGGCCCCCACGCCGUCUCACGCGCUCCCGAAGCCGGUUUGUUUGUCUGUGUCUCGCUGUAUUAUGUAAGCGCGUAUAAAUCGACAUUGCUGUGGGCGGGUGGGGGUGGCAGCGGAAGAUAGAUGUAGCCGUGUAAAUGCCGUAUCUAUACUUUCACCAUUAGGGGUUGAGUUUUAUUUUUUAUUUUUAAUUCGUUGGGGGUUUGGGGGCUUUUUUUUUUUUUUUUGAUUUUUUUUGUGGUUUGUUUUUAUUGUUUUUUUGUUUGUUUUUUAAGAAAUAAAAGAAACGGCUUGACUGGUUUCAAGCACCUUG